CAUUGACACUUGACAGCUUUGCCUCAUCUGUGAAUAAAGGUGUAUAUAAACAGAAUUUCAUUCACAAAAUUUAGUCGUUUCAAACCUAGAGUAUUUUCCUAACUAAUAACUUUACGAAGGAGAUAGUUGUGAAAAGGGAGUUUUUUUCACCGGUGACUUUCCCUCAAUCCUUUCCAUUUAAUUGGGGUCUGUGAAGAUCCUGCUAAACAGAGAAGGAAGAAGAAGAAGAAGAUAGUUGUGAAAAUUAUCAAUCGUUUGCAAAGAUUUUCAAUGCUUCAAAAUGUCUGUAACCUCAGAUAUAGUACUGAAACAAUCCUUACGAAAAUUGGAAUUUCCACUAUGUGCAAAAGAAGCUCUUGUAAGAAUUGGCGAAUUAGUGUGUGCAAGAGCAACCAAUAUAAAACACAUGGAUUUUUGUCUGGCUCUUAUGUCUGAAUUUAUAUUUUAUGAAAUUGACAGAAGAGGAAAUAAGCGGACUACUCCUUUAACAGCAACGUCAGAACUUGAACUGGUUAUGGUUCUUUUCAAUUACUUCACAAGUUUGGAAGACGAAUCUACGAGAAAUACUGUUUUCUUAUCUCUCUUUACAGGAACUACUGCGAAUCAACGCAUAGGUGUAUUGGGAAAGCUUGUAUCUAUUGCAGCAGGAGUUCAAUGUGCUAGUAUUUUGAUUUCUGCUACUGCUUGGAUGCAACAAUUAGGAAACAAUUCCGAGAUAAGUUGUAAAUUAGCUGAUGUGAUAGUUUUUGACUACUUUGUUUUAAUACCAUCUGGAAACUCAAAAUUGAGUGUUUUACCUGAGAUUGCUCCUCAAUUUGUUGCAAACUUUUUAACUGCAUCAGCUGAGAAUUAUUUCAUCGAAAAAGAUGAAAAUAUGUUAUUUCCACCGACCAAAUUUUUAGAAACUGUAACAAGUUAUAUUUCAAACAAUAAUUCUUUGUGCAUAGCAGCCCAACAAAAUCCACCAAUAUUACCUUCUGGAGCUAUAGCAAUGGAAUCGAACACUCCAAUUGCGGGUCUUCUAAAAUGGUGCGUUCUAGCACCUUUAUAUAACCAGGCCUCAUUGCUUUAUGGGGAACUUCAUCUUGCAUUAUUAGAAAGUAUUUUACAAAUACCUGUCACAAAUCCUCCUAAAGCUAUUUCAGCUCAAAGUCUUUGUGAUAUAAUUCGAUCAAUUAUGUCAUAUGUAACAAAUUUGAAAAAGAACAAAAGUUUGAAUAAUAUAAUUGAUCAUGAGCCUUUACAAAAAUCCCUAAAUAGGUUAGCUCAAGCUGUUCAAAUUGCAUUUUCUGUAAAAUGUGUAUAUGGUAAAGUAGAUGAAUUAGUAAGUCAACUGCUAAUAUUGCCUUAUAAUAAAUUGAUGAAAAUUGUAAUGAAUGCCCAUAAACAGAUGAAGUGAUGAAUUUUUCUGAUGUGCGUUUAUUGUCAUUGUUAUAUCAGUUAAUAUGAUAUUUAUUACUUAAAUUGAUUAAGGGUUUCUGAAUACCCUAUGUGCAAAUUGCUGUAGAACUUUGUGAGUUACUUUUUUUCAAGAAUAUAGUAUACAGUUUUAAUAUA